AUGAUAUCACAGUUACAACAACAAUUACAACAUCAACACAGACAUCAUACUUUUGAUACUCCAGAGAAUAAAGCAAAUCUAUCACAGUUUUGUUUAAAUUUGCCUGAAUUAAAUUCUAUACACACUUUAAUUGAAUACGAUACAAAAAUUGACUGCAAUAAUCAACAGUCCAUAGAACAAGGAAAGUUGAAUACUAGUAAUGAUAGUGCAGAUACAAUCAAUAAUCAUGAUAAUAAAUCGAAAACUCGUAUCACAAUUACUUCGACCAAUAUUUCUACAAUUGAGGAUAGCGUUCACACGAAACAAGUUCCUAUCAUUACCGAUCAUUGUUUAUCCAGGAAGAAUAAACUGGAGAAUCAAUUCAAUGAAUAUAAUAAAUCAAUAUCUCUCAAUUCAAGUCAUCAGCAUAGAUUGCGUUAUUCACCGAACACUACCACUACAGUCUCCACUACUACUGCUACUACUACUACAUGUGAUACAAAUUGUAUAGGGUCCAAUUCAGAAAUAUGUAAUACACCAAAAUAUCCCCGACUUCAUCAUUCUCUACCAAAGUCUAACAACUCAAACCAUAGCAAUCUAAUUCACAAUAAUAAUAUUAGUAACUAUAAUGACGGAAAUAUUUUAGCAGAAACAGAUAAUCAAUCUAAAUUGUAUGCAUUUCAAAGAAAUGUUAAACAACUUAUUGAUUAUGAGUUAAAUAAUCAUUUGAAGAAUGAAUACAUUUCAGUGGAUCAUCAUCCUCAACUACAACUACAACCGACAUCACCAUUAUUGUCAUCAUUAUGCACAUCAUCUUUAAACAAUAACACCAACAAUGAGCAUAUUCUGUCGUCUUUGAUACAUGAAAAUAAUAAUAAUAAUCAUAUACAAUCAGAUAAUGAUAAUAAUAACAAUCAUAAUGUAAAUGAAGAAAUAUCCAAUGAACAAGAUGGUGGAGAAUUGUACAGAAGGAGAAAUACUAAAAUUGAUGACUCCGUGUUGGAUUCAUUAAAUGUUAGAUUAGGUAGAACAAUGGAAAAAAUGGAUGUUUUAAAUCAUUUACAAAAAUUUAGUAAGUUAAUAAUGAGUUCACUGUUCGAAACAUUGUAG